AUGAGCAAGAGCUCGAGCUUUGCGCAGGCAAGCGGCCUCGCCGUCCUCCUCCUGCUGGCCCUCGGGCUCCAGCAGCUCGAGGCGGACAUGUCAACGUCGUGCUCCGGCGUGCUCUCCGGCGUGUCGCCGUGCCUCGGCUUCCUGGAGGGCGAGGAGGACUACCCCUCCGCCGACUGCUGCAACGGCAUGUCCAGCCUCGUGGCGGCCGCGGCCACCGCGGACAACCGGCAGGAAGCGUGCGAGUGCCUCAAGUCGGCCGCGGCAGAGGGCAGCGCCGAGUCCACAGCCGCGCGGGACUUGCCGGCCGACUGCGGCAUCUCGCUGCCGUUCACCAUCUCCGCCGACGUCGACUGCUCCCAGUGA